GACACAUACGUUGUUUCUCCUCGUUCAAACAACAAAAUUAUGGCUGUCGUAGGGAUAAAUGGAUUUGGAAGGAUAGGAAGAAUGUGCUUUCGAGCCUGUCUUGAGAAAAAUGUCGAAGUGAGCCUAAUUAAUGAUCCCUAUAUUACGACCGACUAUAUGAUAUAUCUUUUUAAAUACGACUCUACUCAUGGAUCGUUUCCUAAAACUAUAUUAUGCGAAAAUGGAUGUAUAAUUAUAGAUGAUAAAAAAAUUGUCACGUCACAGGAGAAAAAUCCGUCGAAAAUUCGAUGGAAGGAAAACAAUGUAACAUACGUAAUAGAAGCUACAGGAGUAUUUACAACUUUGGAGAAGGCAAGCUUGCAUAACGAUGGGGGCGCAAAAAAGGUGAUAAUUACAGCACCUUCGAUCGAUGCACCCAUGUACGUAUACGGAGUUAAUCAUAAAUGUUACGAUCCAAAAAAGGGCAACGUAGUAUCGGCAGCUUCUUGCACGACGAAUUGUGCAGCUCCUAUCAUUAAAAUUAUGAACGAUAAUUUCGAGGUACUCGAAGCAAUGAUAUCCAGUGUGCACGCUGUAACAGCUACCCAGAAAACGGUAGACGGGCCGAUAAAUAAGUUAUGGAGAGAUGGAAGAGGAGCUUUGCAAAAUAUCAUACCAACAUCUACGGGAGCGGCCAAGUCAUUGGCAAAAAUUAUUCCCUCUCUCAAAGAUAAAGUAUCGGCGAUAGCUUUUAGAGUACCAACAUCUAAUGUCUCGUUAUGUGAUAUGACAUUUAGAAUCAAUAAGCCAACAACGUAUGACGAAAUAAAAGCAAUGAUGAGAAAGGAGUCCGAAGGAGAAUUGAAAGACGUGCUAGGCUACACGGAGGACGAUUGUGUUUCCUCCGAUUUUAAUCACACCAUUUACUCCUGUGUCUUCGACGCAAAGGCCGGCAUUCCUCAAACGAGUACAUUUAUCAAAAUUAUCGCAUGGUACGACAACGAAUACGGUUACGCACAUCGUAUCGUUGAUUUAAUCGUAUAUAUGUACGAUGUUGAUUCUGGCAAGAUUUCACCCAUAGAAAGUGUCACUGAAGAUAAAGAAUAAUCGUGUAAAAGCAUAAUACAAAAAAGGCAUAUAUUGUUUUACGUCUUUCGUAUCGUUAUAUUUUAUUGUAUAUACUUGUUACAA